AUGGAUCCCACUAGCGUUAAUCUUUCAGAUAAUGCUGAAGACCCCUCAGAGGUUAGAGAGGGGGAGAUAAGGUCUGACGCUAGACCCUCAAGUGCUGAUGCCGCCACUGAACCUGUUGCUCCAGCAACCAAUGAAGUUGAAGCUCCUAGAGAUGAAGCUGAAGCUGAGGUUGUUAAUGAAAUCCCAACCUUCUAUGAAGCUCCUACAGCUGAGGAAGUUGAUGUCGUCCGAGUUGACGUUGAAGCUCACGGCAAUCACCUUCCCAUCACCUCUACAACCGAUGUGGAAGAAGAUGAUGAAGAGGAUGAUGAUGAAGAUGGUGAGUCUUCCAACCUUCCUGACGCUAGUAGUGACCUGGACGAUGAUGACGAUGAAGACGACUCCAUGAUCCAGUACCAACGACCUGAUGCUGCCACGAAAGGUGUCGCCCUUAGGGAUUCCGCAUCCCAAGGGGAGUAA